GUUUUCGACUCGGUCGCCCGAUUUUCGAGUAUCGCGUGUGCGUAGUUCGUGAAUUUCAAGUUUAUCGUAAUUUAGUUUUUUUAUUUUGCAUAUUCUAUAUACAUGUUAUAUAAAAUGAAAUAAUUUAAAAUCAAAUUUACAAUGAAUAUCACUUCUAUAAAUAACACUUGUCUGCCCGAAAAAGUACUAAAUCCUGGUUGGUGUCCUAGUCACUGGGAUCUAUUGUUAUGUUGGAGAACUUCAAAACCGGGUGCUGUGGUUUACCAAGCUUGUUUUGAUGAACUGAACGGAAUGCGUUAUGAUACAUCACAAAAUGCUAGUCGUCGUUGCAAAUCGAAUGGUGUUUGGGAAAAUUCUUCUGAUUAUAUGAAUUGCCGACCUUUGGAUACAAACAAUCCAUUGUAUCCAGAUCCAUCAAUUGUAUACACAUCAUACUUUUACUAUGGCGGUUAUACUAUAUCAUUAGUGGCAUUGGUGGCAGCUGUAUCCAUAUUUGUUUACUUUAAAGAUUUGCGAUGCUUGAGAAACACAAUACACACAAAUUUGAUGUGCACUUAUAUACUAUCUGAUUUUACAUGGAUAUUGACAUCAACACUACAGGAAUGGCUUUCAGCUAGUAAUAACGCUUGUGUGUUAUUUACAUUUUCGUUACAUUACUUUGUUUUAACAAAUUUCUUUUGGAUGUUUGUCGAAGGCUUGUAUCUGUAUAUUUUGGUCGUAGAAACUUUCACCAGAGAAAAUAUCAAGCUCCGCGUUUACAUGUUUAUUGGCUGGGGUUUCCCGCUUGUAAUUAUGAUUGUUUGGGGUGUUUCUAAGAUCAUCACACCAAUUGAAGUAGAGGAAAGAAGCGAUUCUUGUAGUUGGAUGACACCACAUCCUGUGCAUGAUUGGAUCUACCAAGGGCCGGCGAUAAUAGUGUUGAUAGUAAACUUAGUUUUUCUAUCAAAAAUAAUGUGGGUACUAAUAACAAAGCUAAGGUCAGCGAAUUCGGCUGAAACCCAACAAUACCGAAAAGCCAGUAAAGCUUUGUUAGUUCUCAUACCAUUGUUAGGCGUUACCUACAUACUAACCAUGGUCGGGCCUACGGAAUCCGGUACUUACGCUAACUAUUAUUCUUAUGGUAGAGCUACACUUUUGUCUAUGCAGGGCUUUAUGGUGGCAAUAUUUUACUGCUUUGUCAAUUCUGAAGUUAAGAACACGUUCAAACAUCAUUUCAUCCGAUGGAAUGACGCAAGGAAUCUGAGAACCGGUGGUAGCCGAAGAUUUACUUAUUCAAAGGAUUGGUCACCGAACACAAGGUCCGAUAGUGUCAGGUUGGCCCGACCAUCGAUCAUCGCCGAUACGGUCAUGAACAAAGGCAAGAGGGCCUCGACCGUCAGCAGUUCGACGACGAUGACGUUCAUCGUCUCUAACGGGUCCGGCGGCGUAUUGCUAUCGAACGCCUGUCAAAAUCGCAUGUUGAACGCUCCCCCCGAAAAUCUCGUCUAGAAAAAAAAAACCAAAAUAUAUGUAUUAGGUACGUUUUAAAGGUCCGACGGCACCGUCGUUAGUAAACAACUAGACAGUGUCUUUUUGCCCCGCAGCUACUCGCUAUUAGUAUAAAAGUUCCUAACCGGUAAACCCAUUACUUUAGAACUAUGCGUGUCACUUUUACCACCACAAUCCCACAAUUCUCUUGUAUAGCUAUAUAGGUAGGUAAUAUAUUUAUACCACUUAAUUAUUGCGUGACGUUUUUAAAGUGUUUUCUGUGUGUUUGUGUGUGUGUGUGUGUGUGUGCGUGUGUGUGUGUUAAGACUUCUUAAACAUCCGUAAAUUAAAUGCGAUUCAAAAGUAUUGCUCAUAAUAUAACCUAUAAUCCUAUAAUAUUGUUAUUGUUAUAGACUCUACCUACUUUAGAAAAAUUGAAAAAUGUAAACAAUGAAUAAAACUCACCUUUCUGUAAACAAUAUAUGAAUAGUGAAUACUCUGCUCGCUCAGACCUUCAUUUUUAUAUUUUAAAAAUCACCAAAACAAUUCCAUGAUUAUUAUUUUUUAUUUCUACAGAAUUUUAAAUAUAAUUUGUCUUCGUUUGAACAUAAUAUUAUAACAAACAACAUUUAACCUACAAGUUUUCCAAUUAGAAUAAAUUAUAACAUUUAAGUGAUAUUUUAGAAUUGUUCAAGAUACUAAUUUAAAUGUUUACUUUUUUCUAUUUUUUUCUAUUUGUCUAAAAAUAAUUGUUCAUUUAUAUUAAAAAAUGAACAACGAAAUACUUGAGUAAAUGUAUCACUUUGAGUAAUAUUCACAAACAGGUCUCAAUAUUUAUAUUUAAAUUCAGGAAAAAAUAAAAAUAUGGUGAUUUAGUUAAUGUUUUUAUUUAUCAGUGUAAAUACUAAAUAGUAACUUUGAGAUUUAAUUAAAAAUCUAUUAAAUAACAAUGUAAUACAUACAUCAAUUACUUUUUUUUUGAAUCUAUGCAGUAUUUAUAUCCGAAAAAUAACAUGCACAAUCCAUAUGUUCCUCGUAUACCUAAUUGUAUGAUUAAUAAUAUAUAUAUAUAUAUAUAUAUUUUAAGUUAAUCUAAUUCCUAUAAGUAUUCAUAUUUAUAUCAUAGAAUUAUGACUGGCAUUUUUGUAAAAAAUUUACCUAGAUACUAUUGAAUCGCGAAAUAAUAAAAACGCGUUCGUCUCUGUGUAUUAAAACUAAAUAUAUGUGUGUAGUGAGCAGAAACUUAAAUUUAAGAUUAAGUUAUUCCAUAAUACCUAUACUAAAUAUACGUACUUAGAUUUUGUAUAAUUUUAAUUCAAAAUUAACAGAUAGUAAAUUAUUAAAUUAUUAUCUUUUAAUUAAUACAAUUAUAAGUAUUUGGUAACGCAGUGUUUAAUGACACAUCAUAUCAGUGCUGCAACUAGGUUUAUGCAUAUCAUAUUUAAAUCGUUGGAGGUGUAAUUAAUAGCCACUACGAUCAAUUCCAUGAAUACAUCGUACUGAACUGGCGAUUCGUGAAUAAGUUGAUAAAGAUAACCCUUAGUCGUGGCUCUGUAUAUCAGUAUUGUUAUAUUAUUUAAUAGUAAUCAAUUCAUAGGUAAUAAUAAUAUAUUAUUAUAUAUUGUGUAAUAUUUAUGAAGAAUCCAUUAUAAUAUAUAAUUAAUUGCAUACAAUUAGGUAUUAAAUUAUCUUAUGGUGUGUUUUUUUCAACUACCUAUAGGACUAGGUAUACUAGUUGUUGUUGAUCAUAGUCUAUAAGUCUAUUACAGUAAAAUUCCAUUUUUUUCUAUAAAAAUUAAGUUAUAGCAUAAUUAUAAAUUAUAUCAACAAUUGGAUUUAAAAUUUGUUACAAACUAUAAUCAUUAUAAUUAUUAUCGUUAUAAAAUAUGUUAAACAUUAAUUAUUUAUGUUUGACUAUUCAAUAUUAUAUUAUAUAAUACUAUUAUUUAUAAGCUAAUUCUUUGGUUUGAUGUUUCUAUAUUGGUGUAUAAAUAUUGUUUUGAUAAUUUAUUAUAUUAUACAACAUAUAUUAUUAUUAUUAAGUGUGAUUAUUUAAAUCGAAGUUAUUCAGUGUUAUCUCAUAAAUAAAUUAUGA